AUGGUACGAGCGUCUCAAGGAUCGUGCGGUCACGAGGGACAUUUGAAGAUUCGGAUGCCUGGAGAGAAAGAGAUCAACGGACAGGGAACGAUGAUAGAGGUAGGAGGAAAGUUCAGGCCUUUGUCUGAAAUCACUGGCGUGUGCCCUCGCUGUAAAGAACAGAUCGAUUGGAAACGCCGUUAUGGCAAGUACAAGCCCCUUGUCGAACCUGCCAAAUGCCAGAGAUGCUCUAAACGUGCCGUUCGUCAAGCUUACCAUAACCUGUGUUCUGGUUGUGCCAAAGAGCACCGGGUUUGCGCUAAGUGUUGUUGCGCUGUGGAUCGUAUAGUUGGAAGGUCAUCUUAACAUUUUGAUGGAUAAUUCUGUUUCUGUUUUAUUUGUUUUGUCCUUUGUGAAAUGUGACCAU